AUGGCAGAACAAUCAUCGACUGCGCGGAGUGAUCCUCACCCCUCAUAUCAACCCCAUAUCGUCCCAGAGGAUGAUCAUGAGCUUUACGAUGACGACUCUGACGGGGCCUCCAUCGAAAGCAGCACGGCGUCCCUGAGUUCAAGUAUUAUGAAUUAUCGGUAUGGCCACUACCUUGACUCGAAAUGCGCCCCCGCAUCUAACUUGCAAGCAGAUAUGAACCCAAUGAUGAACGAGAGCAAGAUCGGCUGGACCUGGUACGCUUCAUUGUGGCUUCCCGCGGUGAUUCAAGCUGUUUCUUACUGUUGCCAGCAUCAUCACAUCUGGAGUAUGAUCACCGGAGGCGACCUGUAUCGCGCGCCGCUUCCGCCUGGUGUCUCGAAGAUCUUGGAUCUUGGAACCGGCACCGGCAGCUGGGCGAUUGACGUCGCUGAGCUUCCGCCCAACUGCAAAUUUGAAAUUGACGACUUUGAAUCGCCUUGGAACUUCACCCAACCAUUCGACUUUGUCCACGUUCGAAAUAUCGAAGGCAGUGUAAAGGACUAUCCCCGGCUGUUUAAACAGGCGUUGGCCAAUCUAGAGCCCGGGGGCUGGUUUGAAGUCGCGGACUCGACCGUCGGCCUGUUUGGCGACGACGACACGAUCGAGAAAGCAACGAGCCUGAGCGAGUGGCGGGAUCGCCUGAUCGAGGCCAGCGGCAAGUUUGGGAAACCGAUGGGCGUGUCGCACAAUUACAAGCAGUGGAUGAUCGAUGCCGGGUUUGAAAACGUGACCGAGGAGCUCUACAAGGUCCCAUUCUCGCCGUGGGCGAAAGACCGGAAAUUAAAGGAACUGGGCCGUUAUCAACAGGCAAUGAUGCUGGAGGCCCUGGAGGCCUAUUCAUUGGCACUCUUUACGAGAGUCCUAGGCUGGAACGUGGCUCGCAUCCAGCUGCUCUUGGUUGGAGUGAGGAAGGAGCUGAUGGACCGCAGCCUGCACAUCUACUCGCGCUACUACAUUGUAUAUGGGCAGAAACCCAAGGCAUCCUGA